UUCGUGUCACCUUCGACGACGCACUCGUCGUCAACCGUCACCACGCGUGUCAUUGUGCUCUCGACGACCCGCGAAAUGAACGCGUUCGAACGAUCCGACGACGAAAGUCGUACAUCAGCGAAACCGGGCGGCGGCGGCUACAGCGCAAAGCGGUCGCGACAGGCCGACUGGUCCGUGUUGUUUCACGGCCUGAGCGCCGCCGUGAUCGCUCUGACCGUGCUCCGGAUUUUGCCGACGAUGAUCGCGUGCCUGGUGAGCGUGUGCAUCCUGCGGUCGCCGGGGCUCAGAACUCUGUCGAGCAGACUGUUCCGCGUGCUGGGACUGCGAUGCCGCUGCAGAUCGGCCGAAGCGAACGGCUUGGGCGGCCGAUCCGUCCCGCCGAGAAAUCAGCUCGCGCCGUCGUCGUCGACAAACGGCAGUGAAGUUCCGCCGACGAGCGACGACGACGACGACGACGACGACGACGACGUUCCGCCGCGGCCACCGUCGACAAACGGCCGUGUCGCUCUGCCGCCGCUCGUCAGACGUUAUCUGCGAUUUCUGAUGUCAGUGAUGCGAAGCGUCCAACGCUUCGCCUUUGUCCGUCGGAAACGUUCGCGGCGGUCGUCUCGUCGGUGUUGCGACACCGCGAGCAGUGCCCGCACCGUCACCACAGUCACCGCUUGCAAAAACAUCGUCACGAAGACCGUAGAGACGGUCACUGGUUUUGGGACCGACAACGAUUUCGCCGUUCGCUGCAGCCAACGUCACGAUGCCACCACAGAACUACGAUGACGUGUCGUUAUAUAUAUAUAUACAUAUAUAGAGCGUAUAUUAUAAUAAUAUUUUAUAGAUUUUAAACUAUUUCGUGGUUAUUAUAUAUAUAUGCGUAGAGCCGGGUAUACUCGAUAGUCCAUACACAUGACGAGCUUUUGAUUUAUAAGUCACAACGGUGACUUUUAAUUUUAUUAUUAUACGGGUUUCACGACAUUUCUCCAGAGUCUAGGCGUUGCAAUUACCGCGUUUAUGUCACGGCCAGUGGUUGUUCGUUAAUCCGCAUUAGAGUUGUUGGGUUUACAGCAUCGUACGUCGUCGAUCGUGUCGCGCCCAAAAAUUGAGCUCAACACGACUAUUUAUUGGUUGAUCGUGG